AUGACGGGCAUCUUCUGGUUCCCCCUCACAAUCGCUCCCAAUUCUGAAGGUCGUGGCUCGAUUGUAUCAUAUAUUUAUAGAGCUCAACCUGCAGCCGAACGUCAGUUACGCUUAGGCCGUCUGCCGCAGAACAUGGGUCACUUUUUAAAAAGUGUUUGGGGGUGCGCUUUGCUGGCAGCCUUUACAGCUGCUUCAGGAGGAGGCGCGCAUAACGGCGCCUACUCCCCGCCAUCAGUGUCGUCUGGAAGCGGGAGUUCGAUCGGUAGCUUCGCAGUCCAAGGUCAAGGAGGCGAUUUCCAUUCGGAAAAUUUCGGUCAAGGCGCAGUUGGUGGAAAUUUUGGAGGCAGUGAUUCUGAUGGAUCGUUAGGUGGUGGCUUUGCCAAAGGGGGUGGAGGUGGCCUUGGUGGCAAAAGAGGAGAUGUAGGUGGCAUAGGUGAUAUUGUUGGUAAAGGAGCUGCAGGUGGCUUCGGUAAUGGUGUAGGUGAAGGGGGCGUAGGUGGCUUCGGUGAUGGCAUUGGUAAAGGGGGUGGUGGUGGCUUCGGUGAUGGUGUUGGUAAAGGGGGUGUACGUGGCUUCGGUGAUGGUGUUGGUAAAGGAGAUAUAGGUGGCUUCGGUGGUGGUGGUGUUGGUAAAGGGAGCGCAGGUGGCUUCGGUGAUAGUGUUGGUAAAGGGGGUGGUGGUGGCUUCAGUAAUGGUGUUGGUAAAGGGGGUAUAGGGGGCUUUGGUGAUGGUGUUGGUAAAGGGGGUGAUGGUGGCUUCGGUGAUGGUGUUGGUAAUGAGAAUGUAGGAGGCUUCGGUGAUGGUGUUGGUAAAGGGGGUGGUGGUGGCUUCAGAAAUGAUGUUGGUAAAGGAGGUGUAGGAGGCUUCGGUGAUGGUGUUGGUAAAGGGGGUGGUGGUGGCUUUGCUGAUGGUGCUGGUAAAGGGGAUGGUGGUGGCUUCAGAAAUAAUAUUGAUAAAGGAGGUGUAGGUGGCGCCGGUUAUGGUGGUAAAGGAGGUGUGGGGAACUUCGGUAAUAGUGUUGGUAAAGGAGGUAGUAAAGGAGUUAUCAGCAAAGGAAUAGGCGGUGAACUAACUGGCGCAUUCGCAGGAGUAGGUAAUGAGUUUGGCUCUGGAGGCUUCAUUCACGGCAUUGGAGACUUCAGUGUCGGUGGAGAUUUCUUUGGAGGAAGCAGUUUUGGAGGCAGUGAAGUUAACGGUGGUUUUGGAGUCGGUGACACAACAGGAUUUUAUGGUGCAGAUGGCGGAUUUAGUCAUGUAGAUGGAGGUAGUUUCUUAGGGCAAAAGAUUCAUCCAGGAGUGGGUGGAACUAUUCAAGGACUCGGAUUUGGAGGAGGAGUCAUCGGUGAAGGGUUUGGAGGAAGCUCUGGUUUAGGCUUCAAUGGCGGCCAAGCAUUUGUCGGUCAAUCUAGUUUCUCUGGAGGACUUGGAGAAGUCGAACUAGGAGGAAGUUUUGACGAUUCCGGGAGCUUUGAAAGAGGUGCGAUAGGUGGAUUUAGCGGACCCAGAGUUACUGGUGGAUUUGAAGACAUCGGCUUUUCUGGUGGAUUAGGAGUGCACACAGUUUCUAGUGGCUUGAGUGGGCUUAGCGCUUCUAGUGGGCUUGGAGGAAUUGGAGUAACGAGAGGAUUUGGAAGACAUGAUAUCUCCGAUGGAUUUGGAGGACAUGGAGUUGUCGGUGGAUUUGGAAGAAAUGGAAUUUCUGGUGGAUUUAGAGGAGUUGGAGCUGCCGGAGGAUUUGGAGGACUUGGAGUUUCGAGCGGAUUUGGAGACCUCGUAACGACUGGUGGAUUUAGUCAUGGAAACUUUGGUGGGUCUUCUUUUGGACAUGGAACCGGGUCAAAACGAGGCCUUGAGAUCGUUCGAGGAGUUCCGAUUCGUCUGAAUGGAGAUGGCCUUGGUCACGAUGGAUUUGGCUUCUCCGCGAACGUUGGAGGUACCAGAGGAUUUGGAGAUAAUGAAUUCGAGUUUGCUCAAGGUUUUGGAGGAAACUUGGGAACACUGUCGGGAGACCACUCGGGACGAUUUAGUAACAACUUUGGCGGUUUCUCUGGAAACUAUCGCUGAAACAAUGACGAGGUUGAGGUUACAAAUCUACGAGUGAAGAUGUGUUGAAUGUUACGAGAAUGGACAGCGAAAUCGACGCUUCCCUAUGGACCUUGAUUGUUUUUGUUUUUAUUUUUACUAAAACAACGGAAUUAGAGAAAAAAUCAAACGUUCUUUUUUGUAUUUUUCUCAAGUUAACAAUUCCAGUGGACAUUAGGAAGAAAAGCUGAAAAGAUUGUUAUGCCUGGACUGCAAUUUAACUAGAAUUUAUUUAAUAAUUUAAUCCUGUCUUGUGAAAUUAUUUGAAUAGAUAAACGCUUCAACUUUUUUCAUCUAUCGCCAGUUUAGGAUUUGUGAAUUACCAGUGAUUUUUCGGCUGAAAACAACUUAUUGUAGAUCCCAAUAAUGGUAGAAAACUUUCUAAGUAAAUUGCCCUUGUAAUGUCCACUGUAAAAAGUCCUAGGUCCUCUCAAGUUUCUUGUAAAUGUUCAUGAAUGCUAUUUUUUCAACACGAAACCCAACAUACGUCGCAUGCAGUUCAAAUAUGCCAAAGAUAUCACGGUAAUCCAGUUUUUUGCUGCGUUUUUUUAACCUAAACCGAACGGCCAACUCGUACGAUGUACAAAGCUUUCGACUAAUUGGUAAAAUAUUUGUCCAACAUCAUAGAAUAUGCAUUGCAGCGGAUACUGUCGACACGAAUGGGACGAAAUGUAUUUUAAAAACAUUCUUGAUUGAA